AUGGAAAAAACAUUUACCCUGUCACAAAUAUUAGAUUAUGGAAGAGCAUUAGCUCGUACAGACCAACAAACAAAGGAAAUUAUAAAAAAGGACAUUUCUGAUGGUAAUGAGGAAUAUACUAAUCAAUUACAACAGGAUCACCGAAGACCUAGAACAACCAGUAAGUACUCGUCAUCAUCUAGUAAGAGAUGUUUUAAAUGUGGACUGGGGUUUCCACACAAGGAUAACCAGAAAUGUCCAGCUGUAGAUAAAGAAUGUUACAAGUGUCAUAAAGGGGGGCAUUUUGCUCGUGUAUGUAAAACAACCGGAGGAGCUACUAGUUCAUUCCAGCGUGUUAAUAAGGUUGAUGAACGGCAUUCAUCAACCCACAAAUCAACAAGUAAUUCGAGUAGUGACUCAGACAGCGGUUCAGAACACAUGUUCACAGUUCAACAAGCACAACAAAGUAAGCAUCCCUAUUCUACGGUCCGUGUUAAUGGAGUUCCGAUGAAAAUGAUGGUGGACAGUGGUGCGUCUGUUAACGUUUUGGGUCCUGAGGAUUUCGAACAUUUAAGCAAACAAAGCAAAGAACCAAUAUCCUUAAAAAAAACCAACACAAAGAUUCGUGCUUUUGGAGAAAAUAACCCUAUUCCCCUAUUAGGCAAAGUGGAGACAUUAGUAGAAUCAAAACAUUGUAUGACAGUGGCUACAAUUUACAUUACAGCAUCUCAAUAUGGUAAAUUGCUUAGUAAUACAACAGCACAGCAAUUAAGACUUAUUAAGUUUGAUCUAAAUUCAGUUUCUCAGCAAGCAGUACAAGAGGGUGAUUUGGAUAGAAAAGCCUUGCGACAAACCACAACCCAAGUUCAGAUACCUACUACAACCAGUAACUCGACAAGUAGUAAUGGUGAGAAAAGGACAAAAGUAUGCACAAGUACGCCAGACACAGGGCGAGUCUCGACUCUUUUAGAAGAGUACGCGGAUGUAUUUGAAGGUGUAGGACAUCUUAAAGGGUUUGAACAAAAACUGCACAUUGACGAUAGUGUGCCACCUGUGGCCCAAACAUACCGUAGAAUACCUUUUAAUCUUCGUCCUCAGUUAAAGAAGUGGAUUCAAGAGUCGCAGGAUAAUGAUUUGAUUGAACCUGUCGUUAAUAAAAGUACAGAGUGGGUCAGUGGAGUAGUGAUCGUGCCUAAGCCGAAAAAUCCGGACGAAAUACGUGUAUGUGGGGACUAUCGCAGAGUUAACGAAGCCAUUAAGAGGGAACACCACCCUAUGCCUACAAUUGAGGAACUAACAGAUAAUAUGAGCAAUGCAGCUCAUUUUUCUCGCCUAGAUUUAAGAAGCGGAUACCAUCAAAUUGUGCUUAACGAAGAAUCGCGUGGUAUAACAACUUUUACGACUCAUAAAGGUCUUUUCCAGUGGAAAAGACUCCCUUUCGGAAUUAACUCGGCAAGCGAAGUGUUUCAAAAUGCUAUCCAGCAUGCAUUGCAAGGAUUGAAUGGAGUUAAAAACAUUGUUGAUGACAUAAUUGUUUGGGGGCGAACUCAAAAAGAACAUGAUGCCAAUCUUCAAGCUCUAUUGCAGAGACUUAGGCCUGUUUCAAACGUCGCAUUUUGCAUGUGUCGAAUUCAAUUCGCAUUAGAUUCGACGGAAUUACCAAAGUUCGACGCCCGUUUCAAACGUCGAAUUUUGCAUGUGUCGAAUUAAAUAAGCAAACCAUGUGCGUUCCUUUUGAUCAGCGUCACUUCACUAAAAAUAAACACUGCAGUUUGGCAGCAGCUGGGAAAUUUGUUGCGCAUGCGCCAGAUUUCCAUUGAAACUUGAAGAUUUUCGCGAAGAAAUAACGAGAUGUUCGUGGUUGUUGUAUAUUUUUGAAUGCCUGUUUAAUCUUUCUAAUUUUUUUGCUCGAGACAAGUAAAAUGUACUCUACGUUUCCAGUGUAUAGAAUAUCUCGUUUGUGUUUGAACAGCAAUACAAUAUUAUAAACUUGACACAAACAAGAAGACAUUUGACACGCUAAAUCUGCAGUCAUGCCUGCCAAUCGUCGCGAGCUUGACAGCCUUGUAAAACGCAAAACAAGUACGAAUUUGGGUUCAAACAGAAAGAAGUUCAAUGUUUAAUAAUACCACUAACAUAUAUUCUAUAGAAAUACGGGUGGUUUAAAAUGCUUUCAAUUGAAGUUUCAAAGCUUUUAUCUAUCGACAUGAUAAUCAAACUGUGAAAAUCCGGCUUUUGUUGACGCUUGCGAAUGCAAAAUAACUUCCCGUAAACAGAGCAUUUCUAUACAAAACUCUCGCUUAGUCUUCUAAUGCACUUGUAUGUUCGGUUCUACUAGUUAAACAAGGAAAAUAUCCAAGAAACACUGUUAAAUUAUCGUUGUCAAAAAAACAUUUCAGUGCUGAGGCAGUACAAGGUGUCAAGGGCAAGGUCAAGUUGUCGAUUUCAUUACAUUUUACAGUACUUCGAAUGUUUUCGAACUCUUAUCUCAUACAAGAGCAGUAAACGCACGCAUUUCAAAGCGAAAUUAGACGCAAAGGGGCAAUUUUUCAACAAAAUUCAUUGUUAAAUUAUGUUUCCUAUGUGCCUUGGGAGCAAAAAAAUAUGAUUUUAAAUUUGGAGAUUUCGGUAAAUUUUUUUGCAAUUUGGCCUGGUAUUGCACCCUACCUAUGUACUAACUGUGCUGUAAAAGUAAUCAAAUAUACUAUUUUUAAUUUCCUUUCUUUGAAAGGUUCUACUAUUGUGGACUAAACUAAAUUUUAAUCAGCAUACAAGGCUGCAAACAACAGCCAAGAAUUAGCUGGGUAGUUUGCAAACUUUAAAAAUAAUUGGACCUCAAACUUUGAUCCCCAAAAGUAAACAAAUGGCCAAUACUGCGAACAUAAUCCAAGUUUUGAUCACGAGGGGCAAUUUUUAGAUGUAAAAAAACUUGUUUAAAUUACACAUCAAACUAAGGCAAAACAAAAUUUGGUAUUAAUUUUUUGGUGAAAUCGUCAAAGUUUUUUGCUAUCCGCCCACGCUUCUACACCCCCUCUCCCAGGAUAUUUUACCUCAAAAAACAGUUUUCUGCAGAAAAUAUGCUUUUUUAUCGGAAAAAUGUUUACUUUUCUCAAAAAAACAUUAUAAACACGGAAACCUUAAAUAUUUAAAUAAUUUUCAUACCUUUUUGGGAUUGAAAAAAGCAAAAUUUGAUUCAUUAUCCCACUUUUUAAAAUAUAUGUGACAAAGUUGCUUCAAAAUCACCAUCACGCAGUAGCAUGUUUAUUUACCCUCAUCCUUUUGACUGAAUAAAGUUUAUCGUUUUGAAAAGCUAUUUGUUUUAUAGCUCUUGGUUACCGGUUUACGUUUAUGUCGAUUUUGGCACCCAUGAGACCAACAAGUUGUGGUAAUCCGCGAAUGAAAAUGGAUAUUCGAAGAGCACAAAAGCCAACUCCUAGCUAUGUAACUUUAUCGCCUGAAUUUUGAAUCAAUCCAAAAUUAAAAUGCUGAUAAUGUAGAUGCUUUCCAUACUUGAGAUGUUAGUGAAGUUUUUCCUACAAUUUAAUUUCCUUGAUCGCCGUCUUAAAAAUGCAAAAUCAUCAGUUGAAAUUUCACUCGUGUUGUUUUUUCAAAUUUUCGAAUUUUUGUAAAAUAUCGCGUGCGCCAGCAAUUUCUCUGCACAGCGACAACAAAUUUCCCAGCUGCUCAGUUUGGCGCCAAAAUACAAAUAAUGGCGCCACAUACAAAUGUUGCAUUAUUAAAUAUACAAAGGAGAAAAAAAGCAAGACAAAGGAGAAAAAAAAUCGAAUCAGUGUUAUAUGCUUUGGUAAAUCAGAGACAGCAGCUAGUUAAAAUCUCCUUUGUGAUAGCGCUUCUGCUUUUGUCUGGAAGAAAUGCAGCUGCACCUACUAUACGUUCAUGUCGGAGAUUUGAACGAAAUCCAGGUUGGUGGUAUAUUGUGUCGCAAACAUAUUCUGAUGCUCGAUUUAAGAAGACUUUCCGAGUGUCAAGAAAUACCUUUUCUUUCAUUCUUGAGCGAAUACGCCAUGUUUUGGAAAGAAAAACUGUUGUAGAAGAGCCGGUAGAGCCAGCUUUUCGUCUAGCUAUCUGCCUGUAUCGUCUUGGUCGUGGGACAUAUUACCACACUAUAUCCGAAUUGUGUGGUCUUGGACUGUCAACAGUUGCCAAAAUAACCAGAGAGGUAUCUGAAGCUAUUGUUGAAGUGUUAUGGGAUGAGAGCGUUAACAAAUACAUGCCAAAUUCAGAGGAUACGUUUCGUAAUAAAAUCUUAGAUAUGGAAGAAAUGUGGCAGUUUCCUUGUUGCUGGGCAGCGAUCGAUGGCUGUCACAUUCCUCUUAAAUGUCCUCCAGGUGGAAUGGAAGCUUGCAAAGAAUACCAUAACUUUAAGAACUUUUAUUCUAUCGUACUCAUGGCAUUGGUUGACUCGCACUACCGAUUCAUUUGGGGGAGCUGUGGCUAUCCAGGAAACUCCCAUGAUUCCAUUAUUUUUCAAUCAACUGAGCUAUGGUCAAAUAUCAAAGACGGUGAUGGUCUACCUUCAAUGGGCAAGGUUGGCAUGCAAACUGUUCCUCCUCUGAUAGUUGGCGAUUCUGCUUUCCCACUUGCACCAUGGCUGAUGAAACCUUACACCAAUGCAGCGUUGUCACCAAAACAGCGAUACUUCAAUUACCGUUUAAGUCGCGCUCGCAUGGUUACUGAAGGAGCAUAUGGCCAGUUAAAAGGCAGGUGGCGUGUUUUACUCAGAAAGUGUGAAAGUACCAGUACAAAUGUUCGCACAUUUGCACUUGCAUGUAUGGUCCUCCAUAAUAUUUGCUUAACCUUGGGUGAUACAAUGCCAAAGAAGUUGGACCUUACUGUUGACCUGGCCACAAAUGGUAAAAGAGAUAGAGAAAGGAUCAGAGAAGUCUUGCAGAUGCGAAAUUGCACAAAGGUAAGAGAUUCGUCAUCUGAUGCAGAAAAAAUUCGAGCUGCAUUGACCGAAAAGCUUUGGCUAGAGAAAGAGACAGGACAGAUUUAUUAA